UGAUGAUUAAGGCAGAUCUCAGAAAUCACAGGGGAAAAAAAUAUAUAAAAUGUUCAUUUUUUUUUUCAGAAAUGACAGUUAAAAUGCAUCAUGGAGUGCCUUUGUUAGGCGAUGAGUGAUGUUGGCCAAAAAACAAAGUUGUAGUUCAUGUGCUCUGCCUGAUCGCUAAAGCAACCAUGCCAUGUGCAACAUUGCAAGUCAUAUUAUAAAAACCGACCUAGAAUCUCCAUUGGAGGAAACAACAACAAGAACAACAAAAAUGGUGAAAGAUAUUGUAGGUGCUGUAGAUGGGGUUAAAAUGGAGAAAGCUGAUUUCGAUCCCAGUUCUCCACCACCAUUCAGAAUAGCAGAAAUCCGAGCAGCCAUUCCAAAGCAUUGUUGGGUCAAGAAUCCAUGGAGGUCCCUCAGUUAUGUUCUCAGGGAUUUGUGUGUGAUUUUUGCAUUGGCAUUUGUUGCAAUUUGCUUUGACACUUGGUUUCUUUGGCCUUUUUACUGGGUUGCUCAAGGAACUAUGUUCUGGGCUAUCUUUGUUCUUGGGCAUGAUUGUGGCCAUGGAAGCUUUUCGGACAGUCCAAUCCUGAAUAACUUGGUGGGGCAUAUUCUGCAUUCUGCAAUUCUUGUACCUUAUCAUGGAUGGAGAAUUAGUCACAGAACUCAUCAUCAGAACCAUGGACAUGUCGAAAACGACGAGUCCUGGGUUCCGUUGUCUGAGAAGACUUAUAGAAGUUUGGACUUUCUUACAAAAAGAAUGAGAUUCACGUUGCCUUUUCCCAUCUUUGCAUACCCAUUUUACCUGUGGACUAGAAGUCCAGGAAAAGAAGGUUCUCAUUUCAAUCCUUACAGCAAAUUGUUCAAUUCAAGUGAGAGGAAAGCUGUGAUGAUUUCAACUGUUAGCUGGUCUCUUAUGGUUGCUCUGCUUCUCUACUCGUCCUCUGUUGUAGGUUAUGUUCCUAUACUAAAGGUCUAUGGUGUCCCCUACUGGGUUUUUGUAAUGUGGCUGGAUUUCGUUACAUAUUUGCAUCACCAUGGCUAUGACAAAAAACUUCCUUGGUACCGUGGCAAGGAAUGGAGUUAUCUAAGGGGAGGGCUAACGACGGUUGACCGUGAUUAUGGAUUGUUUAACAACAUUCACCAUGAUAUUGGAACCCAUGUUAUCCAUCAUCUCUUCCCUCAAAUCCCACACUAUCACCUUAUUGAAGCGACUAAGGCAGCUAAACCAGUACUCGGGAAAUACUAUCGCGAACCGGAAAGAUCAGGGCCAAUUCCAUACCACUUGAUCAAGAACCUACUAGCAAGCAUAAGUCAGGAUCAUUAUGUCAGUGAUAAUGGAGAUAUAGUAUACUACCAGACUGACACAGAGCUUUAUCACAUAUCAAAGAGCAAGCUUUACUGAAAUACUUAUCUAAAGGAAACCCAAAUUGCAAAAGGGGGAUAUUGGUUUUGUAUUUUGAUGCAAUGCUGCACCUCUGAUGCAACAUAAUAGUCUCUAGGGUUUUUGGGAUAUGUCUCUGAAGCAAGCUGUACCUCAGUUUCCUAGUCUUACAAUAGUGAAAAAGGUUGGCCUUUUGGUCUUUGAUAGUUUAUACUUAUUUCCUUCUAAAUAAAUCAAACUUGGUCUAA